UUAACAGGAUGGCACAUUUGUGCCAGGUGGCAACGUUUAGAGACAAGUGACAGGUGGCAACAAUGAGCAGCGUUGAAGAGACCGAAAAUCCAUUUGCAGCUCUGCUACAGACGGGCUCCCAAGCCGAUGGCGUUUCCAAGCAGCUGAUUGAAUCAAUUUUGCUCUUUACACUAAGCAAAGAUGUUGUAAACAACAAUCGUAAGAUUCCAGUACUGUGUCUGGCCGAUGUUGUUGUGGCCGACAACAGUGCGGAGGACACGCUUGGCGAAGAUUUGCUGGCGCAUGCACUAUUCGAGCGCCUCAUGCUGACCGAGACCACAAAGUACUUGAUGCCAGCUGCAGGUGAAAGCAAUCGCCAUAGUCAAGAGGAGGAGGAAGCACUGGAGAGGCGUGCAAUGACUUAUCUGCAUGGAGCAUUUACCAGGUGCGAGCGCAUACAGCGCGACUCGAAUGCGAGGGACAAGAAACACUGUGAUCUAAUAAUCGAGCUGAUUCUGAAUAAUGCAAGCACCUGCAUGCGUCAGCCUGAUCUCUUUGCUCCACAAACCUUCUGCUCCCAGUGGCUGGAGCUGUUGGAUCAAUCGGAUGAGCAUGAUACCAGCACACAGGAGUUUUUGGUGCGUGUGGCAUGCAAAGUGCUCGAGGAGGAUGAGCCCCUCGAGGCAUUGGGCGCUCUGAAGGCCAUCUUUUAUCCCAUGCUAAGUGACCUGCAGAAGCAACUGGUUAAGGAUAAUCUAAUCAGCAUUAGGAAGAACAUUUUUUGGAUACUCGGCUAUUUUGUGCGUGAGAAACGCGCUGGAAUUUUAGGCGAACUGCUCAUAGAUUACACAACGCCCAAUCCCAAGGCAAAAGGUGGUGAUUACAUGGACACGCUCUUUGGACAAUUGCUGUGCUUGUCGAUUAUGCCCAAAACUCAGACGGCACCUUACGAAUUCUUUCGCGAAGUAUCGCUGGUGUCCCAGCAAACGGAUACAAAUCUUUGGCAACUGUUGGCUCAUCAUCAGACCGCAUUGUUUAUGUUGAUCAAACAGUUGCUGGUGCAGUCGCCGGCCACUAAAAAGAAGAUGCUUCAGUGGAUUUCCAACUGUCUGGAUGCAAAUGUGGCGCGUGGUCAUUUGUGGAGCACCAUUAACAUUAAUCUCGAGCAAACUGUCCACAGCACGGCAAGUGAUGCCUUUAUGACCAGUCUAAGUGCUGUUCUCAUGCGUCUAUGUGCGCCACUCUGUGCGCCCUCCAUGAAGGUGCUCUUAGUGGAUCCCACUUACUGUGCUGUUGCCGACGCCGAGGAGCGUCAAACAAAGGGCGUGAGCAUGCUGAAGGCAUUCGAGGAAACAUGUCUGCUGCCCAGUGAGGAGGGGGAACAACGUUUGACCGCAGCCAAGUACAAUUUCAUCACGGAGAUCUUCUAUUUGGCACACAAGGCAUUCGAGCUGGGGAAUCGGGCGUGCAUUGAGCGUCUUACACGCAUGAUGCGUGAGCUGCAAAAUACACGGAACGCCUAUCAUGAGGUGGCCACCAGAGAUCCCAACAAUGAUCUUACCAAGAAUCUGUUGCGCAUGCUCCAGGAUCAGAUGCAGCAGGUGUUGUGUAUACGCAAUGGCUUAGGCGAGCCAGAGAACGAUACGGCCAUAUUAAAGUUCUUUGAGGCUUCGGCCAUUUGGUUAACGGAGAUUGCGAUGAUGCCGCGCGAGAGCUACGAGGCGGCAUUGGACAAAAUGGACUUUGCACCACAGAUACUGCGCAAUCUGGAACUGUUGUCCGAUACACCGCCGUUUGUGGCGCCCUAUAUGAAAUCGGUGCCGGAGAAUAUUAUAGAUAAUAUUGCGGCCUAUUUAAAUUUCUGUCGCAAUUUUGGUGGCGAUCAAUUUAUACAAUUGUAUACAAGCUCCCAUGAUGCACUCUUCAAGAUGAUACUGCUAUUUAUGGGCAGCUCCGAUUUGGUAAAGAAUCCCCAUUUGCGUGCGAAAUUGGCAGAUGCCUUGGAGUUUCUGCUGCCCACACAAAUCUCUGGGAGCAAUCGCAAGGCAUUUAGCACUCAUGUCUUUGACAGCCACACGGAUCGAUUGCAAGUGGUGCGCAGUCUGCUCAAUGUCUUUGUCAGCAUUGAGAUGACUGGACAGUCGGUGCAGUUUGAGCAGAAGUUUAACUAUCGUCGUCCCAUGUACGCGAUCAUGGAGUUCCUCUGGACGAAACAGGAGCAUAUCAAUUGUUUUAGGCAGCUGGCCAGUGAGGCCGAGAGCAAUAUGGAAGCCAUUGAGCCACCGCUUUUCUUACGCUUCAUUAAUCUACUGAUUAACGAUGCCAUUUUUCUGUUGGACGAAUCACUUUCGAAUCUGGAGCAAAUCAAGCAGCUGCAGCGGGCACAAGACAAUGGCGAAUGGAAUAAUCUAUCGCAUACGGAGCGACAGCAACAGACAACGAAUCUACAUCAUCUGGGCAUGUUGGCACGCUUCGACAAUAUCCUGGGACGCGACACAAUCAACUUACUGAAACUGCUGACAACCGAAAUCAAGAGUAUCUUCUGUCACAACAGCAUGGUGGAUCGCAUAGCUGCCAUGUUGAACUAUUUCUUACUGCACUUGGUUGGACCACAACGUGAGCGCUUCAAGGUGAAGGACAAGAAGGAGUUUGAGUUUGAUCCCGCACAGACGGUGCUAGAGAUUGCCCAUAUCUAUAUAAAUCUAAGCACUGACAAUAGCUUCUGUCUGGCUGUCUCCCAGGAUGGACGCUCCUAUAGCGAUCAAUUGUUUGGCUAUGCGGAAAAUAUAUUGAUACGCAUUGGAGGCGGUCAAUUGAUUGGUGACAUGGCAGAGUUUGCAUCCAAGGUGCGGAAAAUGUGUGACGAUUACAAGGAGGAGCAAGAGCUACUCGCUGAUGCACCAGAGGAGUAUUUGGAUCCGAUAAUAUCCACACUGAUGACCGAUCCGGUUGUGUUGCCCAGCUCAAAUGUCACUGUGGAUCGCUCAACGAUUCAACGUCACCUGCUGAGCGAUCAGACGGAUCCCUUUAAUCGCGAACCCCUUACCAUGGACAAGGUCAAAUCAAAUGAGGCUCUCAAGACAGAGAUUGAAAAAUGGAUCGAGGGCAAACGCAGUGCGGCACGUGUCAAGAGCUGAGUGACAAAUCUUGGUUUUGCUCCAUGCACAUAACCAAAGAAUUAGCUCCGGAUCAGGCUGUAGGUUUUAUAAAAGAAGUAUGUUAUCUAAAUCGUUCUUGAGAAUUCCAGUUGUAUACAAUAAUAUACAUAGUGCUAUAUACAGAUGUGUGUACAUAGGUGAACAUUUGCUAUUUCCACUAGUUCAAUCAACUAAUUAAUUAUCUCUGCGGGAUUUGAGUUUAUGUACAUUAAGUUAAUACAAAAAUAAAUAAUAAAAUCUAUAUUUAUGUAAAUA